UUCAAAUCCAAGUAGCUAGCGAGCUAGCUAAUGGCAACGAGAUGCAUAAGUAAAUGAUAGGCUUAAUUUACGCCUUUAAGUGUCAUAUUUCUGCGAGAAAAAUGACAUAACUAUCAGACAUAGUUUUUGUUUUUUUAGUUAAAUCCCACAAUUUCGGAGCCAUGGGGCUUCUCCCGGUGCUUAAAUCUGGAAAGAAGCCAAAAAAAGGAAUGUGGUAUUCGUUGGUACCAAGUGGGAGGUCCCCGGAUGUUAGCGUUGGACACACCUGUACAUUCUGGCCAGGGGAUGGAGGCAAUGGAAAGGUCCUCCUAGUUGGUGGAGCAAAUCCAAAUGGUAGCUACUCGCAUACUAAUGCCAUAAAGAUGGGUGUGGUUACAGAAACACAAAAAGAAGAUCUUCAGUGGCACACGUUACCUUGGGAGGGCUUGAAGGCUCGGUAUGAGCACUGCAUGUUUGUUCCUAGGAGCCCACCACAGAGUUUGUGGGUGUUUGGGGGUGCUGAGCAAAGUAGAAACCAUAACUGCAUCCAGAAAAUAAAAGUAGCAGAAAGCAAGGCCCAAUGGGAGGAGGUCACAGUAAUGGGCGAGCCCCCAAGUCCGAGGACAUAUCACACCAACUCAGCCUGUGCAGGGGCCUUACUAUAUGUAUUUUGUGGUGGGGAAGCAGGAGCAUCACCGAUACAGGACCAAAAACUUCAUAUCUUUGAUACUGUUUCUUCCACGUGGACACAGCCGGAAACACAAGGUCCAACACCGCCAGUCAGACAUGGACAUGUUAUAGUGGCAGUCGGCUCGAAGAUCUACAUUCAUGGUGGCAUGGCGAACGAUGAUUUCUUGGAUGAUAUGUACACUAUUGAACUAAGUAAUAUGGCAUGGCAAUUGGUGCAGCCCAUAGGAGAUGUUCCACCUGGUGUGGCUGCCCACUCGGCAAUGGCCCUCGGCAAAAACAUUUACAUCCUUGGUGGGCUGACUGCCAACGGAGCUAGCAAUUCCAUGUACAUGUUCAACACAGAGAAAAAUUCAUGGACCCAAAUGAAAUUUGAGGGUGAUUUGCCACAGAGCCGUCUGGACCAUUGCAUGUGUUUGCUACCGUGGAAGGUGGAGGAAGUAGAAAAUAAAGCUGGAGCACAAUCAGACACUCAGACUACAGCUCCUGAACAGACUGUUUACUUGGCUUUUGUAUUUGGUGGGAUGGACACGCAGGGUGUCCUAUAUAAGGACUGUUUUGUAACUGUGGUCACAUGAUAUAAAAAGUGAAACCUAAUUAUUUUCUACCCAGCAUUUAUUUCAAUGUCUUACUAACAAUAAAAGAUUUCAGACUUUAUUAUUUAUUUGUACAGGUUUAACAUAAUUGGUAUUCGGUUGGUGCGUUCAGUGCCAUUGAAAAGGUGUGAAUUAAGUUUGACCAAGGGCGUAGGUUUACAUCUGGACAGUAGGGACAUAACACUACCAACUUUUCAGGAUGCUUCAAUUGUCCCCACCAACUUAUGAGCAACCUUAUUUGCAUUAUAUAAGGAGUUCAGUUAUAUAGGUCAUUUAGAUUGUCUUACCAUAUAUUUUGUAAGGAUAGAAUUGACCAUACCAUUAUUAAGUGCAUUAUUUUCAUGAUGUUUAGACUUACAUUUACCCCUUUUCACUCGCUGAAUGUGACGGUCCAUUUUUUCCCCUCAAACGCAUGUGCGACUGGCUGAUGACUUGUAUUAGUCAUAAUCGAGGUAAAAAGUUUUUUUUUUUAAGUUUGGCUGUGCUUGUGGACAAAAGCAGUAGUGUUUUACCGGAAGGAAGGCUCCAUUUUUAUUUUUUAUGCCCCAAGAAGUUUUUUGUUAUAUUUAUUUUGACAAAUUUUGAUUGGUCUUAAGACAAAUGCAUAUUUUUUGCAUUCCUGGAUAGUUAAGAGAU